AUGCCCAGAAAAGGUAGAGCUAAAGUGGUAGUAGAUCCACAGCAGAAAAGAGAAACGAGACUGCAACAUUCUAAAAGAUUAGGAUUAACAAAUAAAAACCCAUUGAUAACACAUAUAGCAGCGCUAAACAGGGGGAACCCGCGUAAAGAUGAUUCUCUAAAAUUGUUAUAUGAAAUAGCUCAUAAGGUUUCCUAUAUAAUGAAACAGCAAAGUUUUAGGGUUGGUCAAUUAGUAGAAUUUUACCCCAGUAAUAAGGCAUUAUUAGGAAUGAAUGUUAAUAGGGGUGCAAGGAUCUUAAUUCGAUUAAGAUAUCCUAACGAUCCUCAUAGUUUUUUACCGCUGGAAUCACUAGUCGGAACCAUGUUGCAUGAAUUAACUCAUAAUCUGUUUGGUCCUCAUGACUCCAAAUUUUAUUCUAAAUUAGACUCACUAUCUAGUGAACAAUGGAUUAUUGAGCAAAAAGGACUAUAUAAUACUUUUUUAGGUGAUGGUAUAAGAUUGAGUACUUUUAGUGUUACUGAUUUGACGAAUUAUAAUAAAUUAGGUAGUGCUAGAAUCAGUACUACUAAUGGUCCCAGAGUAUUGGGCAAUAAUAAUACUAAGGAUCACGCUCACAAAACGCAUACUAAAACACCAAGACAAAUGGCAGCUAUUGCUGCUGAACGAAGAUCAUAUGAUAAUAAAUGGUGUAGAGACACCAAUACGCAUUCCAUCAAUAAAAUGGAACAUGAAGUGACAAAUCCUGGUUUGAAAAUUAUAGAUUUGACAGAACUAGACGAAAAAGACGGACAUGGACAAAAUAGAAAAGGUAAAAGUCACGAUGUACAAGAAAAAAAAAUUGAAAAUAAAGCGCUCAUUAGACAUGAUCAUGUGAAUACUUACAUAGAAAUUAGUGAUAAUGAUGACAAUACAGCUGAUAAAAAUCAUGUCAUUGACACCAAUAGUACUAAUAAUACACAUGAAGUCAUACUCAUAGACGAUAUUGACAAACAAUAA